AUGACGCUACAGUCCAACCUCACUGCGUUCGUGAUUGCCUCCUCCGCCGCUGUUGUUGGGCUCUGUUUGCUCUCGGCGAUCUGGUCGCGACGCUUCCACGAAUACUUGACGAGGUGUGUGAAGCGCUGUGUCGUUCGAGGACGAAAGACUGACAUAGUUAGGAAGGAAGAGUUUAGUGUGAUUAUCAUCGGACUGGAUGGGGCUGGAAAGACGACACUGCUGGAGAAGAUAAAGACGCUGUAUAAUGAAACCCCGGGACUGACGCCGGAUAAGAUUGGUCCAACGGUCGGGCAGAACACUGGAAAGAUUACUCUCCCUUCGACUAUCCUACAAUUCUGGGAUCUAGGAGGACAACGCGGUAUCCGCAAUAUCUGGCCAAAGUAUUACGACGACUGUCAUGCUGUGGUCUAUGUCAUCGACGCCGAGGACCGCGAACGAUUGGGAGAAGGUUGGGAAGUGUUCGACUCUGUUCUCUCCGCACCUCAAAUCCUAGGUGUUCCGCUACUCCUGCUGGCCAACAAACAAGAUUCCCCCCUUAGCCUCUCAGUAGAAGAGAUCCGAAAUGACUAUGAAGAUUGGCAUCAAAGGAAAUUGGAGAGUGCGCGAAGGGAUCGUUUUGGCGAGACUGAGCAUGCUGUAGCAGCGCGGCGUGAGCGAUUGGCGAGUUUGGAUGUUAUGGGCGUUUCCGCUUUGGAAGGGGACGCGCAGAAGAAUGGCGGUAAUUGA